AGUUGGCGCGUUCCGGCGGAGGCGGCAGAGGAAGGUCAUGCGCUCGUGGCCGCUUGUCACCUUCAGCGCAGGAACGGACACGGUGACCGGCGGAGUAACUGAAAGCGGGAUGGGCGAGGAGGUGUGUCCUCACAAGCCACAGACACCUGGUCGCCUCCGUCUCGUUUACGUCCUACUUCCUGUCGCCAGCCUGCUGGGCGGCGUCAUCCUCGUGCUCGCACUUACCGGUGUGAUUGGCGGCCGUGUCUCGGACUCCAGCCCCCUCCCUUCCCCCGAGCCGAUGGCUGACAGGGAAGCUGGUUACCGUGGCAACAGUACAAGCCCCUCCCCCCUGGCAGAUGCAUCUCAAGCCCCGCCCAUUCUGCCAAUCUCGACGGCCGCCGAAUUGCUGACAUCCGUCACCUCGCUGAGCUCCACCUGGCUGGCCACCGCUGCGCCGGACGCAGGCGGUUGUCAGCCACUGGCGGAGCCUCAGUGUCACAUGUUGCCAUACAACCAAACAUGGCUGUCCUCUGCCGCCGCCGUGGUGAAGAGUUCCGAGGUGGACAUGUUGCUAAGGUUCUUCAGCUACCUGAGCAGACUGUCCUGCUACAAACACAUCAUGCUGUUCGGCUGCUCUCUGGCCCUGCCGCAGUGUUUCCAUGACAACAACGCUCAGCACAGGUGGGUGUUGUUGCCGUGCGCGUCCUUCUGUGAGGCAGCAAGGGAAGGUUGCGAGCCCGUUCUGCAGAUGUUCAACGCCUCCUGGCCCGACUUCCUGCGCUGCUCCCAGUUUAGCCACGCCACUUCCUCCUCCUCCUCCUUGACCUCCGCAACACCCCCCGCCUGCUACACACCCCGACAGGCUGUGGGCAAACCCUCGGCGUGCGGCGAGAAGGAUGACUUCCUGUGCGCCACAGGGAUUUGUGUCCCUCAGAAGCUGGUGUGCAAUGGCCACAACGACUGCGACGACUGGAGCGACGAGGCGCACUGCGUGUGUUCAGACACGGAGUUCCGCUGCUCGACGGGCCGCUGCCUGGCGCCGCUUCUGCUGUGCGACGGCUACGACGACUGCGGAGACCUUAGCGACGAACUCGACUGUGUUUGCGAUACGUCGCGGGACCAUCGCUGUGGCGACGGCCGCUGCGUCUCCAGGGAUUGGCUCUGUGACGGCGACCACGAUUGUCUGGACAAAAGCGACGAGCUCAACUGCUCAUGUCAGAGCCAGGGUCUUUGGGAAUGCCGUAACGGCCAGUGUAUUCCUCCAGCGUUCCGUUGUGACGGCGAAGACGACUGCAAAGAUGGCAGCGACGAAGAGCCUUGCAUGCGCGAUCACACUCACACCGUAUGCCCCACGGCUCAGCCCGGCUGCACAACCACUUCCUGUGAUGCGCGGCACAACAAUUGCUCCAGCUGUGAGCCAAUCAGCUUGGAGCUGUGUAUGAACCUGCCCUACAACCACACGCGCUUCCCCAACUUCCUGGGUCACGUGUCGCAGCGGGAGAGCUCCGUAUCGUGGGAGUCGUCGCUGUUCCCGGCGCUGGUGCAGACGGGCUGCUACCAGUACCUCAUGUUCUACGCUUGCACACUACUCGUACCCAAGUGUGACCCGCUCAGCCUGAGCACCGUACCACCUUGCAGGUCUCUGUGUCGCACAGCCAAGGAGAAAUGCGAGUCGGUGCUUGGCAUCGUGGGAUUGCAGUGGCCAGACGACUCGGACUGCGCUCAGUUUCCUGAAGAGGGCAGCGGCUCGGCGUGCCUCCUGCCCGAGGCCGGCGUGGACGAGUGCUCCCCCAGUCACUUCAAGUGUCGCUCCGGACGUUGCGUCCUGGCCAGCAAGCGCUGCGAUGGCCUCGCCGACUGCGAUGACCGCAGCGACGAAGACCGCUGUGGCUGCACCGAGCGCGCUCUGUGGGAAUGUCCUGGCAGUGGCGUUUGUAUCAAGACCAGCAUGAUCUGUGACGGAUUCCCAGACUGCCCCCUGCUGGCCGAUGAGGUCAACUGCUCGGCAUGUGGAGAUAACGAGUUGGCGUGCAACAAUCACGAGUGCGUGCACAGGACACUGUGGUGUGAUGGGAAGAAACACUGCACCGACGCCUCCGACGAGUGGGACUGUGUGUCUCUGAGCCAGUCGUCAGGUUCCAUUGUGACUGUGUUGAGGACAGCCGACAGCUAUCACGUGUGCGCAGACGAGUGGAACCAGCAGCUCAGCAAACUGACCUGUGACCAGUUGGGACUAGGGGUUCCCGCCUCCGUUUCCAUGGUACCCGAGCAUGGAGGUCCUCCAGGUCGCCGUCGCUGGUUACACGUUCAUCCCGAGUGGAAGGAGAGGAAAGGCUUGUCUCUACAGGCGCGCCUCGAGAAGAGGAGUCACUCAUGUCAUUCCGGCAGGCGAGUGUGUCUUGUCUGCGUCAGAGACGAAUGCGGCCUGCGCCCGGCGGUGGGUGCGCAGCCCUCCAGGGAAAAGAGGAUUCUGGGAGGCCGCGUGGCACGGCGGGGGGCGUGGCCUUGGCAGUGCUCCCUGCAGAGCGGUCAGAGCGGUCACGUGUGCGGCUGCGUCCUCAUCGGCAGAAAGUGGGCUUUGACCGUUGCGCACUGCUUCGAGGGGAGAGAGAAGGCCCACCUGUGGAAAGUCCUCGUGGGUCUCAACAACUUGGACCAUCCGGGCGUGCACAGUCAAAGGCACGGCGUGCGGGCCAUCACAGUCCACCCGCGCUACAACCGUGCCGUGGUGGACUAUGACAUCAGCGUGGUGGAGUUGGACUCAGAGGUGGACGAGACAGAAUGGGUCCGGCCCGUGUGUCUUCCCAGACCCAAUGAGAUUCCCACUCCGGGCUCAUACUGCUACAUCACAGGAUGGGGUCACAUGGGCAACAGGAUGCCCUUCAAGCUGCAGGAAGGACAGGUUCGGAUCAUCUCCAUGCCCCAGUGCCAGUCCUACUUCGACAUGAAGACCAUAACUCCCAGGAUGCUUUGUGCUGGUUAUGAGGCUGGGACCGUCGACUCCUGCAUGGGCGACAGCGGUGGUCCGCUGGUGUGUGAGGAAUCGUCGGGGGGCCGCUGGACGCUGUUCGGCCUGACGUCCUGGGGCAGCGUUUGCUUUAGCAAAGUGCUGGGACCCGGCGUGUACAGCAACGUCAGCCACUUCACGCCGUGGAUACGCCGGCAGAUCUUCAUGCGCACGUACCUGCCUGAAUGAUACGUGCCUCGCUUCCUGUUUGUGGAAGUGACGCUGCAGCGCACACACUGAGUCGACAGCGUUAGCCUCGAUGCUAGCCGCUGGAACAAUAACAUGACAUAAGAUAACACAUUAGCCCCUUUGAGCAUUUAUUUGACAUCCUUGAUAUUCAGGUUAGGGUCCAUGUACGAGUGCGCUCUAGUCAAGUAGAACGACGAGGGCACACUAGUAGAAUGACAGUGUAUUACCAGAAAUGUUUUUUUCCCCCCCAACUAGUGCCACUUUUGGCCUGCUAGUACAACCUUAAGCUAGGAUAUUAAGCACAUUGAAUACUUAUUGACUUGAUAUCCAGCUUUAGGUUCAUGAACUAGUACGUUUUUGUCCUCACUAGUAAGGCAAUUCAGUGUACUAGUGGAACAACUUGGCCGCACUGGUAAAGCAACUGUGUAAUAUGAGUAAGGUUUUUCCCACUAAAAUUGGCACGAGUUCAACCUUAAAAUGUAUAUCAAGGAUCUCGAAUAAAUGCUUAAACAGCUUUCCACAUGCUACUAGUAUGCAAUUGCACACUACUAGUGCGUAAAUAGUUGGACUUUUCUGUUAAAUGUCUGAUAUUUCUGCCAUCUGCGAACUACUAGGACAACCACGUUAGUUGUGAGGCAAAACUUUACUAGUUGACAACUGUGUGCUCCUAAUAAUACUAGUGACAUUAUUAAAUUCUAUUAGUUAACAUCUAGUGCUUCACUAGUAGUGCCAGUAGCACGUAGUUGUCAACUGGUGCACAAUUUUGCCUCACGAGUAAUGUAGUUGUCCUUACGAGCGUGCAGAAUUGUCAUACAGUAGGCUACUGGUAAGACAGUCGUUCUAUGAGUGCACCCUCGUCGUUCAACUUAACUAGACCGUACUAGUAGAUAGACCUUAAGCUGGUUAUCAACUAUACGAAUUUAAUGCUGAAACAGCUUUCCAUAGCCCGCAGCUGCCGACAAGUAGAGGUUAGCGCCGUGGAAUGUUGGUGAUUAUUCCUGUGUUUCGUAAAUAUUGUUGCUAGCUCAACUAGCCUAGCGCUGGCUGAAAGAAGCCCACAGUGAGACGAUUCCCUCUGACGGGAAUUCUGUGACUUGAUGUUUGCUUCAUUCCUUUGCAUCCACAUUCCCGCUAGUCGUCAUUUGGAAGAUUUGCUUUUUUUUCCAAGAAUAUUUUUCUACACUUUUUUGGUACAUCACGUGUGUGUGUGUGUGUCUAUGGGGGCAGAGGUCCUCCUGGGAUGUCACUUCCUGCUUUCACAUUCUGGAGAGCCAUGUUAGAAUGGAAGUGAAUUUUUGUUUUUGUUUAAUAACAAUAAAGCUACACACACCUGC